UCCCUAUCAUGUGUCACGUUAUAUUAAACAAUCUUUAGACAGACAGACAGAUACAUACAUAGAACAAAAAAAACAAAAAAACUAAUAAUGUAUUAGCAGGUGAAGCGUCACAGCCCAGGGGAGUGUUUCUGCUGUCGCUGGUGGUGGCUAAUACACCUGAAACCUACAGUAGUUGGAUGCUGGAUUGUCAGUUUGUUGCUCUGUCUUGGAAGAGGAACGCACGACUAAUUCCAGAUAAUAAAUAUAUAUAGGCUAUAGAUAAAACCUGCUAGCUGUGUUGAGGAGCAGAUGAUGGUUUUCAAAGCGUCUCAGAGCCGUUUAAUGAGGAAGAAGAAGGAAAAAGUUCAAAUUCGCGUCGAAGAAACUUUGAAGGAAUAACGAGCCACCGAAUCAGAUCACACAUGUUGCAAGAUUGCAAGGUGAAGAUUGACUGAAUUCAAUCCAAUAUGAAGAAAGCAUUGCAAUUACAGAAACCUGUGAAGAUGACAAAGGAUCAUGCAAACAAUUAGUCAUAAGUGACAAUGUGAUAUCAGGCUUUGACAAGAAGGAGCUGGAACAACUAAAGGACAUUCUACUGACAUACUGAGAGUGAACAGUGGGGGCAUUAUUAUAAUGCUGAUAUCACACAACUUUUGACUGAAGAGGUUUUUGUCAAGCAGAGCAGCAGCCUGUCAAUAAACACAGGGAUUGUCUCAAAUGGUUUAAAAUCAAUGCUUGCAUUUCCAUAAUAGGAACGAGAUAAAAGUAUGAAAGCCUUCAUCAACAUCAAGGAACAACCAUGAAAAAUGUCUGUAAGCCAUUUUUUUUUUUUUUUUUUAAAUAGAAACAGGUCAAUAUAACACACAUAACCAUUUAUUUAAUGUAGACUAAACAGGCUCUGUGGAGAAUUCAGGCUCCACAGAUCAGAAGAACUGUUGUUGGAGCACAGUGUGCUAUAACUGAGGCAUCAAACAUAUACUGGAGUUCUUCAAACAACUUAGACCCUUGAAAAUCAUCAAUAUGAACCUGACCGCCCAUCUUCUGGACCUCAUGCUGAAGGCUUCCAACCUCUCUCGCUGGCAGUUCAUCCAGGAAUACUCUAUUCCUCCAUUGGUGGCAGUGCCUAGACUCCCUAGUGCCCUGCUUCCGGUUUUUGGCCUGCUGUACAUGCUCAUCUUUGGGUUUGCGGUGGUGGGCAACGGGGCGGUGCUGGUUCUCUUAUGUCGCAGGAAGGCUCUGCAAUCUCCCAGCACCUUUUUUAUUUGCUCUCUGGCACUCAGUGACCUUCUGAUCUCCAUUAUGUGUGUUCCUGCCACACUGCUGCAGCACUUCUUCACCAAUUGGUUGGCAGGAAAUUUUCUGUGCAAGUUAAUACCAUUCCUGCAAGUGACAGCUAUCGCGACCAGCAUGCUCACCAUGACGUGUAUCGCUGUAGAGCGUUUCCAGGGAAUCCUUUAUCCUCUGCAUGUCCGCAACAGCUACUUUCUCUGUCAUGCCUUCAAGAUGCUGGUGAUCGUGUGGUUGGUUGCCCUGGCAAUCGCGGCUCCCAUGUGGUUUGUCCAGAAAGUGGAGGAGAAAUAUGACUUCCUGUUCGAUGUCCACUACACCAGUUGUUUGGAAGUGUGGCCAAGCCUGCAGCAAAGGAGAGCCUACACUACCUGCCUGUCCGUACUGGUGUUCCUGGCCCCCUUGGCAACCAUGGCCAUCCUGUACUGGAAGAUCAUGCGAGAGCUCUGGGGCAAACACAAAGUACAUGAUGUCAUGUUUCAAACACUCCCGGGAUCUGAAAUCAAAAAGAUUACCAGGAGGAAGAAGCAUGCAGUAAGAAUGAUGGCCACCGUGGUGCUGCUCUUUGCUGCCUGCUGGGCACCUUUCCAUCUGGUCUCCCUCCUGCUUGACUAUGGUCAGCUGGACCUUGAUCUUGACUCUGAGUUUCUCCUGGUCAGCGUGGUUCAGAUCCUGGGAUUCAGCAACUCGGUGUGUAACCCGCUUAUUUAUGCCGCCCUCAACACCACCUUCAAGAGGGACCUGCUGGCUCUGCUCACCCGAGGAUGGAGCUCCGGCGGAAGAGGUUGCUGCUUUAGCCCGUGUUCAUGUUGGUCCUGGAGGAGUCACAAACGAGUGGGCAUAUCAGCAGUGGAGUCAGUCGAACCCAGACAGACGACACCUAGACAGAGAGGGAUUAGGUUGUGGAGUAAACCAGCUUGGGAAGCUGAACCAGAGAGGCCUACAUCUAACAUGUUUCCCCCCAUGAAUCUUCUUAGUGCCAUCAAAUCCAAAAAGACCUCCAGUACCAUGAUACUAAGUGUUAUUGACCCUCCACACACAGACAGCACAUCUGGUUCUGACCAGCCUUUCACAGGGAUGCUGGGAGAGUGAAUAUCAACAGAAUGAGAUUGUAAUGAUACCUGAAACUUGCUGACUGGAUGACUUAGAAGAAGGCAAGAGUCCUUCAAGAGUUUUAGUCAGUGGCUUUUGUUUUUUUGCACUCAAAAUUUCUCCCACAGCUAAUGGUGUAGUUUCAACAACCUGCAGGUGCCAGUUUUCAGACUUUUGAAAGAUGUUUUUUCUUUUGGAGCUCAGUUAAUAUCUGCACGAUAAAGAUGGGAGUGAGUCACCACUGAAACAAAUUGACCUGAAGAAUUUAUAUGGACAAGACCAGCUACAGUAUGUCGUUACUUUUGUUUCGGCUCCGAGAUCUUUUUUAUGCGCACCUUUCCUAGACUAUGGAGUGUGUCCAGCUUCUCGCCUCAGGGAAUGUGGUUUCUGUCUCCAUGGAUGGGCUCAAAGUCCACUGGAAGUUAUUUGAGACAGCAGGAGCCUGCAGAGCUGUUUGGAGGUGCCCAGCUGAGUGCAGACGCCACACCUUCCAUAAAGCCUAACCAUGUGGAUUUAUAAAAUGACAGCUGUAGAGUUUGCUAGAGGCAAUGUUUUAAAAUUUCAGAUAACCUGGAGAUAGAUACAGAUUGCCUGGCAGAACACACACGUUUGGUACCCUGAUACCUCAGCUCAUCAUAGCAUCAACAUCAUCUGAAUGAUUUUAUUCAUUAUUUUAUUAAAAGAUCAUAUUUUAAAAGAUGUUCAUUUAUUUUUCUACUGUGAUACAAAUAAAAGUAGCUUAGAUGAUUUAAUCACUGUAUAUCUUGGAUUAUUAUAUUACAUUCAUUGACUAUGUAAACAUUUGCUUUUGAUUUGUUUCAUAUUAAAAGUCUUAAGGUCUCUGCCUGGCAUUCUCUGUUAUGAAAUGCUGCAUGGCACUUAACUCUGUAUUGUCUUUAUUAAUUAUUAAUAGGCUACAAAA